AUGAAAUGGGUCGCGGAGUCGUCUCCGGCGGCUGUCACCCGGCGGAGCGGAAAAACGGCGACUUUGCGGCUCUCCGGCGGCUGUCACCCGACGGAGAGGAGCUGGAUGGAGGUGGGGCGCGUGUCAGGGAGCUUCAUCCUCAGGUCCGCGCAGCAAGAGGAGGCUCUUCAUCGCAUCUGGUACGCUCUCAGGAGGUGGCGACUCGUCUCCCGGCAGAUCGUCCUCUUCCCGACGACGGCUUGUUCGUCGAUCAAUCGGAGAUGAUUUACUCGAUGGAUUCGCGAUCCUUUUAUCGCGAAUCGUUCAGCAAUUUUAGUAGCAAUGCUCCGCGAAUCGCAUUGACGAGAUUUUCGCCGAUGAUCCAGCGAUUCUGGUUGCUUAAUCCUUCACCAGCGAUCUGCAGGAAAGUCGCGAUAAUCAGAUAAAAAUAUAUGAAUUUGGACUCUAGGAGGAUUCGAACCCGCGCCGGUUGUCCGCCCCUUCUGAGGAAGGUGUGACACGGGUUUAGUCCCACAUCGGUUGUGCGCCAAUUUUUCAGGCAAAUAUAUAGUAAUGUUAGCUUUUUAAGCAAAGUCUCUUCUCUCGCGUGUACGACCACUCCUUGCCCCACAGCCGGCUGGCCACCGGUGACGUGGAAGGGGAGUGGCGCACACGUGCCCCUAUCGGUCCAAGCCGCUCGAGCCCUUGCUCGCGGCUACUCCCCGACUGAGCUUCCGACCUGCUUGCGGGCCCGGCUGGCCGGCAGGUCUCCCCCAUUUUGCAAUAUUUUAGUUUUAUUUCUUGUUCUUCAUUUAUCUCAAAAGUAA